CUGGGGGCUACGUCCAUUGUCUAUGCCUCAAGGGGCCCUGGUGUCCUUGGAAGGGAGUGGGGGACAGACCCUCUCAGCCCGGCUUGGCUAAGGGCCGAGGAGAGCAGCGUGGCAGCUCCCUGCCUAUUGCACUUUCAGGGCUGGCCCUUGUUUCCCUUCUAAAGUCACAGCGCGAUGCUUUUUCCUGCCUUGCCACAUUAGGGAGUCUUGUCUUUCAGUCGUCUCCUCUCUCAAAUGAGGACAACUGUGCAAGGGGAAAUGGGAAAAAGAAAGGGAAACAAGAACAAGAAGGAAGAGGGAGCAGGAGGAAGGUGCAGGAAGGCAUGGGGGAAGAAAGAGCGUGUCUGCAAGAAAGAGGAGAGAGCCAGCAGGGCUCCUCAGCUAGCGGCUAAAAGCCCAGUAUAAACUGGGACUGCGUUCGCACCGGUGUGUGAAGCUGUGAGUCAGACACAUUCCUCCGUGCAGUGGGCAAGGCAACUACUCAGGGGUUGGUUCAGGGGGGCAGAGCCCACCUCUCCAGAGUCUGUCUGAGCUGAGAGGACACAGACUCAGGAGGAGAAAUCCACUUGUCCACCAAGUCUGCUGGUUUCCCUGGGCCCAGUGAAUGCUGGAGAAGCAACAAAUGAGGACCCGGUGAAGAGCAGAGACUUUUCCUCCUGGCUGGCAGAGGUUAUUUUGCACCUAUUGGUCUUGAAGGGGAGGGCAGUGUCCCUUUCUCAGCCCUUUGAUGGUUAAGGGAAACCACCAGACAGAGCUUGUGAUGGACAGGAUCAGCAAAAUGGACUGGGCGGCUGGAGGUGAGAAAUAGACUUCUUUGGAGUACCUAUGCCUGAUGAACUCUUUCCAUUUUCCCUUCCCUCGGCUGCUUUCCUGUUAAGGCUAGGUGUGCCCCACACAGCGAGGGGGGGGAAGGUCUCUGGCAGCCUGACUUGCUCUUGUCUUAUGACCAAAGAUGUCUUAUGACCCUUCCUUCAUCAGCGCAAGGCCUGGAGAGGAUCUUGAGGCUGGCAGCUUCUUGGAGGAAAGCAGCGGUGGGGGUGACGACAGUAGUGUCCUGGGAGGGGACAGCCCGGUCACGGGGCCGCUGGGUGCUGUGCUGCUGGCCAUGUGCCUCACUGGGAUGGUGGGGAACAUCUACACGGUGGUGGUGGCCUCCGGCAGGGUGGCGGGCCACUCGGCGGGCUCCUUGGGGGUCUACGUGAUCAACCUUGCCCUGGCUGACCUCCUGUACCUCUCCACCAUCCCCUUCGUGGUCUGCACCUACUUCGCCCAUGACUGGUUCUUCGGCGACGUGGGCUGCAGGCUUUUGCUCAGCCUGGACCUCCUCACCAUGCAUGCCAGCAUCUUCCUCCUGACGGCCAUGAGCCUGGAGAGGUACUGGGCGGUGGCCAGGCCGCUGCGGGCCAGGCGGACCACCAACGCUUACCGCAAGCUGGCCAGCGCCGUCCUCUGGCUCCUCUCGCUCCUCCUUACGGCCCCCAUGAUGGUGAUGACCCAGCUGCGGGAGGAGGAUGGCCCCCGCAAGCGUCUCUGCAUCCCCACCUGGACGCCGGCGGCCUUCCGGCUCUAUCUGACGGUGCUUUUCACCACCAGCGUCCUGGCACCCGGCGUGGUGCUGGGGGUCGUCUACGCCCGCUUGGCCCAGGCGUACCGGUCCUCCGCUUGGGGUCUGGGGCUGCCGGCGGCCGGCCGGGCCCCGGCCCGGCGGCUCUUCUCCAGGAUCUCCGCCAUCGUGGUGGCCUAUUGGGCUUGCUUCCUCCCCUUCUGGGCCUGGCAGCUGGCUGGGCUGUACCGGGGCGAGGGGCUGGGCAUCGGACCCGCCGCCCAAGCUUACCUCAACUUUGGCGUUACCUGCCUGGCCUACGGCAACAGCUGCGUCAACCCCUUCCUCUACACCUUGCUUGCCGGCAGCGGCCGCCGGCGCCCCAACCGCAGCGGGACGGGCACGGCACGGCCCCCGGCGUCCUCCCGGCAGGCUGCGGGUGGCCCGGUGGGAGACCACGGCGUCCCCCCGGCUUCUGGGGAGUUGUUGGGGUCUGGGGGAAAAAGCGAGGGGUGAGCAGUGCGCCCAGGUUGGGAACAUCUCCCAGCUUUUGGCUGGGGUCGAGUUGAGAA